UUGGUUUGCAUCUCCGUGUUUGUGUGAAUGAGUGGCUGCUUACUUUGUGUACCCAUAACUGCUCAAUAUGUCAAAGAAGCGUUUGAACAGAUAAAGGAAGCACAACGUUUAGGAGCAGACUUGGUGGAACUCCGGUUGGAUCUUUUGGACAGUACUGAGGAAUGGGAAGAUUUGGUGAAACAUUGCUUUGUUCCAAAGAUCGCUACUUGUAGACCUCAUUGGGAAGGUGGAAACUACAAUGGUUCAGAGUCUCGUCGUUUAUCCAUUUUAAGCGAAGCGUGCAAGUUGGGUUGUGAAUAUGUAGAUGUAGAGUUGGAGGCAAUAACACGAUUUGAAAAGCCUUCGAAUUGUCAUACCAAGCUGAUAUUGUCUCGGCAUCUAUGGAACCGACCUUUUUCUCACCAGGAACUGGCGAAUACCUAUUCUUCUAUGCUUUCUAACCAAGCAGAUGUCAUUAAAGUUGCUUGUAAAAUAGAUAAUAUUGAGCAGUGUGAAAUAUUGUUCCAUUUUAUCGCAGCUUCCAAAGUUCCUUGCAUUGCAUUAGGCAUGGGAGAAGCAGGACAAAUCUCCAGAAUUUUGGCAGGCCGUUAUGGAGCUUUUCUUACAUUUGCGUCAUUAUCAAAAGGAAAAGAAUCAGCACCAGGCCAGAUAGAACUCAAUGACUGUAUCCAAAUGUAUCGUCUGAAGUCACUCAGCUCAUCCACCAAACUCUAUGGAGUUGUUGGUAAUCCAGUGGCACAUAGUAUGAGUCCAGCCAUUCAUAACUUAGCUUUUGCGUCAUUAUCACUGGAUUGUGUUUAUUGUCCACUUGCAGUAGAAGAUUUUGGUUCCUGUUGGAAGAUGUUGAACGAAAUGGGUUUUAUGGGUUUAAGUGUAACCAUUCCACACAAGGAGACCGCGAAAAGGUAUGUGGACGAGUUGGAUGGUUUGGCUUUGAAAAUAGGAGCUAUAAAUACUAUGGUAAAAUUGGAAAGAGGCUGGAAAGGAUAUAAUACCGACUGUCUUGCUGCAGUUAGUGCCAUUGAAGAUGGACUCAUUGCACAACGGUCAAGUUCAGAGCUAUCUCACCGAACCAAUUCCUUUUCAACCCAAGCUGGAGCAAAACCUUUAGUACUCAUUUUAGGAGCUGGGGGAGCUGCUCGUGCAAUUGCGUUUGGGCUAUUAGAACGUUCAUAUAAUAUUUAUGUUGUCAAUCGUAAUUACGAUCGAUGUAAGAAACUGGCCGCAGAAUUGGGUAUCGAAGCUAUACCAUGGGAAGGUUUGAGAAGGUUCCUUCUUGAACACAAAGAUAGCAUAGAUGUGAUCAUACAGUCGACUAGCAUAGGAAUGCACCCUAACGUACACGAUACACCUCUUUCUUUCGAUGACUUGCAGAGCCUUUCAAAAAAACCUCUCGUAUUCGAUGUGGUAUAUAAUCCUGUAGAAACGAGGUUUCUUCGUGAAGCUCGUGAGGUUGGUUGUUAUGUGGUAUCAGGUCUAGAAAUGUUUGUUCGACAAGCAGUCUAUCAAUUUGAGUUAUGGACUGGAAGUAAAGCACCUGUAGAACAGAUGAGGCAAGUGGUUUUAAAAAGACUGAAGACUUUUAUGGAAUAGAGAAAGAAAUGCAAAAUGGAGUGGCAUUUUCUCUCCCGCAGAUCGAUCCAUUCAUUUGGCGCUCAAGUGCAUUUUUUUGGGUCUCAAGAGAAAAGAAAAGAAAUGUUAUGUUUUGUGGUUGGAAUAUGUCGGGUUCAUCCACGACGCAAAAGUUUGCACUGUAGUAAAGGUUACCUAAAGACGACUUUUAAUAAGUUUAUUUGCUCCAACUUGUUUCGUUGCCCUACAAACUCUAAAUUUU